ACGAGGAUGUGUAGUGAGUGUACACACACCGGGGACAAGGACUUUGUUGCUUAAUAUCACUAGUACUGUGAUUGACUUCAUCAAGUAUCUGUCCUCUGAUGCAGCCUGUGGCAGGAAGCCUACAAAGCCAUUACAAGGAAACCAGGGACAGAAUUUCCACUAGUUUACAGAUUUACUGUCAUUAUAAAGGAUUGGUUUGCUGACCCCUGCUGGCCAUUAGGAGGAUUGCGCACAGUCUUAAGAUGCAUCCGCAAAGUGGAGAUGUUGUUGAUUUUUUCCUGUCCUUGAUAUCCACAAUAGACCGCAGAAAGGGACAGUUUGAGAGAAAAGUGGAAGAGAUGAAUGUGGAGCUGCAGGAUGAACCCCUCCAGGUUAUGGACACAUGGGAGGUGAAAGUUACACAAGAGCUGAAGAACAUUCAGGCCGAACAGAUGACAAAGCUGCAAGCCAAGCACCAGGCGGAAUGCGAUCUUCUGGAAGAUAUGAGGACUUUCAGUCAGAAGAAGGCUGCAGUGGAAAGAGAAUAUGCUCAGACUAUACAGAAAUUAGCCAGCCAGUACUUGAAGAAAGAGUGGCCUGUGUUAAAACCAGAUGAAAGGAGCGAGUACAGAAACCUUCCACGUCCCUCUUUUGUUCCGCAGUGUGUGGACCAGCUAACGAAGAUCCAGAUGGAGCUGCAGGAGACAGUGAAGGAUUUAGCCAAGGCCAAGAAGAAGUACUUUGAGGCCGAGCAGAUGGCACAUGCAAUGCGGGAGAAAGCCGACAUCGAUGCCAAAUCCAAACUUAGUUUGUUCCAAUCAAGAAUAAGUUUACAGAAGGCCAACGUGAAGUUAAAAGCCCGGAGACAAGAGUGUAAUGCCAAGGCCACUCAUGCCCGCAACGACUAUCUCCUCACCCUGGCUGCUGCAAACGCCCAUCAGGACCGCUACUACCAGACGGACCUGGCAAAUACCAUGAAGACACUUGAUGGUAAUGUAUAUGACCACCUAAAGGAUUACCUCAUGGCGUACAACCGAACGGAGCUGGAGACGUGUCAAGCUGUCCAGAACACAUUCCAGUAUUUGUUAGAGACGUCUAGUCGGGUGAUGAGGGAAUACAACCUCCAGCUGUUUGUUCAGGAGAAUCCUGUAUUUCACAAAGCUCAGCCCUUCCAGUUCCAGCCAUGCGACAGCGACACGAGUCGGCAGCUGGAAUCGGAAACGGGCACCACGGAAGAGCACAGCCUGAACAAAGAGGCACGCAAGUGGGCAACCCGAGUGGCGAGGGAGCAUAAGAACAUCAUCCACAGCCAGCGUGCCCUGGAUGAUUUAGAGUGUCAGAGCACGCCGCCGUCAGAGCAAGGUCGGGCGGAACUGGAGCAGAAAGUCGAAGACGCCAGAGAGGGUAUUCGCAAAGCAGAGAUCAUAAAGCUGAAGGCAGAAGCUCGCCUGGAUCUCUUGCGACAGAUUGGGGUGUCUGUGGACACGUGGUUAAAGAGUGCCAUGAACCAGGUGAUGGAAGAACUGGAGAACGAGCGAUGGGCCAGCCUUCCAACCCUGAUCAAUAACGGAUCUUCGCACUUGGGAAAUCCAGAUCUGGAUAGAGACGAUGGUGAAGAGCUGGAGGACAGUAUGGAUGCCUUUGAUGACAGCAGCUCAAGUCCUUCUGGAACACUAAGGAAUUAUCCUCUAACCUGCAAGGUCAUCUACUCAUACCAGGCGUCACAGCCCGAUGAGCUGACCAUAGAGGAGCACGAGCUGCUAGAAGUUAUAGAAGACGGAGACAUGGAAGAUUGGGUCAAGGCAAGGAAUAAAUCGGGUCAAGUGGGAUACGCGCCAGAAAAGUACCUCCAGUUUCCCACAUCCAACAGUCUGCUGAGCAUGUUACAGUCGCUAGCUGCUCUUGACAGCCGAUCUCACACAUCCAGCAACUCCAACGAUGCCGAGAUGGUCUCGGGAAGCACGAAUGGCGAUGCAAGUGUGUGUUUUGUGAAAGCACUUUAUGAUUAUGACGGCCAGACAGAAGACGAGCUGACGUUUCCCGAAGGAGCCAUUAUCCGGAUCCUAAACAAGGAGAACCAGGACGACGACGGCUUCUGGGAGGGAGAGUUUAACGGUCGCGUUGGCGUUUUUCCAUCAGUGUUGGUGGAAGAGCUGGUGGGGUCUGAGAACGGGGAUUCCCAGUGGAUGGAAGACAUUCAGGUAUCCCCCUUACCGAAACCCCAGACGUCCCUCCCUCCUCUGCCGCUGUACGACCAGCCUCCUACCAGCCCCAUGUACAGUCCAGACAACGCACGGGGCUCCAUCUACUUCCCCCGCUCCCCGUCUGUCACUGAAAAUACCAUAAACUUGGAAUCCCCUUCAACGUCGCACCCGCACCCUCCACGGAUCACCCCCGAUGGAUAUCAAGGCAAGCUACGCCCUGUGCGAGCGGCCCCACCCCCACCCACACAGGCUCACCGGCGGCAGCCAGAAAAGACGGAAGAUGUAGAAAUUACGUUGGUUUAACAACGGCAUCUGGAAAACUGCUGCAAUCGCGGGCCAAAUGCGUCAUUUGGUCCGGAUUUUUUUAGGCACCUUCUGCAUGUCUAGAUCCUGAGAGAUGGGACUGAGAAAACACGAUGGACAUUUUUGUGCCUUUUUUUUUGUUUUUGUUUUUAUGUUCCGAUUCGAGUGGAAUCUGAGCUCCCUGAAAGGACACUAAUAGGGUUGUAAGUGCAAUCGCAGGCGCGGUCAUAGCAGCGGUGGGGUAGUGCAGCUCUGGCACCUUCUUAACGGAUACAAAAAAAAAAGAAAAUAUUUCUCUUCUUUUUUUAUUUUUCUACGUUUUAAUUUACCUCAUCUUUGUCCCUGUUUUCAGACAUAUCUCCCCCUGUAGUAAAAGUACCAGUUCCGUCUUUAUAAAAACUGUACAAUGGAUCAGUGAACCUAGAAUACAUAUUGCCUUAUGUUAUGGAGAAGCUUGUGUUGUGAUUGCCAUUGUAUUUGGUUUUGCCCUACAGCAUGCUGGAAUGGGCCAUUUUAGGCUGAUGGCAGGCGUGUGAAGGGUUCAUUUCCAGUGCAGUUACUAAUUUGGGUAGCUCCGCUGUGUACAGGAAAGUUUCAGGGUCUUCCUUUAAAGCUGAACUCCGGGCCAAACAACUGUUGUCUAAAUACAAGUGUCGUGUAUUCUUCCUUAAAUCUUGGAGUGCUUUGUGUAUUUCUUCCAGAUCUGUGCAGUAAUCCAGUGUGUGCAGGAGCUUCCUGUAAUAAAGACCUCUCACUGCUGCACUCUCUUCUUGUGCAGAGUGACUGGUCUUGUCUCCGCCCCCUCCUGUAGUUUUCUACAGGCAUUCUGUUGUGGGUGGAGCCUGCAGAGUCCCUCCCACUGCUCUGCUCAAGCUGUGUACUGCCCAGCGCUGAUGUCACUGCAACUCUUACAAUGUAACAUCUUUGUAUGCACCAACCUCCUUUGCAAACCAAGUGGAUUUAUAUCCUUUUGUUAGUGGAGAGUUUUAUAUUUAGAUGAAAGUUUCUGUGCCUGGAGUUCAGCUUUAAGACUACUGAUAGGAAGUGGUCUGUGUAUAGGCAGAUCAUUUUUAUUUAUUUUUUAACAGUAGAACAUUUUAUUAACCCCUUGGCGCUGGCCACACGCAAAUAUGUGGCCUCUUGGCGCUGAGUGGGCGCAUAUUUGCGUGAAUUGCUGCCCAUACAUGUUGCACACUCCUGGAACAGUUACCAUGCCUACCCGAAAGCCCCUGAUCGCUGCUUGCGAUCGAGAGUCUUCGGAUCACGUGACAGCCAAUCACGGCCGUCGUGUGCUCUUAAGACCCGCCUCUUAAAGGGCCAGGAGGCGCCGGCGUGAACAAAGUACCAUAAAAUACCAAAAGUAGUGCCACAGUUCAACUGUUAAAAAAUAUAGUUCAGAGACCUACUAUUACAAGUUCAUCGAUAAGCACAGUACAAGAUAUAGAAGUGCAGAAUGUGUAUAAAUCUUACAAAAAAAUAUAGAUCAGAGACCUAACGUCAGGAACAAUAAGGUUGCCAGUGUAUACCAUAGGCUGUAUAUACGCUACUUUGCUAGUAUAUACCUUAU